AUUUUUGAAAAAAUUACAGAAAUCCCCACAGCUUCUUAUUGUAGACAAUGUAAAUUUUCAGUAAUUAUUUUGCCGAAUGAAAUUCCUUGUAUUAAGAACAGAAAAACAAACACUAAUGGAAACCAACGAAAACAAUAAAGAACUAAUUGCUUUACCGCUUGAUAUUGAUAUAGAGAAUACGCAGCUUAUUUGCAUUUACCUGCGAGGUCUGCGGGCACGACUUAAGAAAACUAUACAGCAGCACACUGACUUGAUUCAGUCGUCGGUAAAUUUAGUCAAGGAGAUAACUGAUGUAUCCACAACGUUCGCAUUGUCGCAGACAGAGCCUGAGCAGCCGCCUACUAAUAUCAAACGUCUGAUUAUGGAGUUUGAGAACAUGAACACAGCAGACAGUGACUUGACCUCACCCGAAGCGGUCGAACUGCGUGAUCUGCUAGCAGAAUUCCGUCGUCUACACGAGAGCCAAUUGCUGCGCGACAGUCUGAUGUGCUAUAAUCGUGCCAAGGAAUCGUUUGAAAAGGUGGACUCCAUGCUGGGCCAGGGUGCUCUAGGUUGCGCGGACCAAGCCUCGCCUGCGGGCAGCCAGGCGGUCGUGCGCAGUAACAGCCGCAGUCUUCGGGAGAAGAUAGUGGCCUUCAACAAGGCCUCGGUGAUUGGAGAGAAUAUGCUUCAGAAUUUUACACAUUGCUUUAGCGACUUGAAAAGUUCGAAUCUUGCAUCUACGGACGAAAUGAAGGCAAGUUCGAUUGCGUCGCGUACCCAAUCAAAUUCCCGAUAUGAGGGCGACGUGGACAGCGAUAUAGAUCACAUUGCUGAUGAACAAGAUAGCAAAAAUGAGUAAUGUUUAAAAUAAUUGUCUAAAUU